GAUGCCGAAAAUAACCCUUUUGAAGGCAUGUUAUUACGUGGUGAAGGUGAAUUUCAUUAGAUAAGAUAGGUUGAAUUGAACCCAAUAGAAAGAAAAGGGGGGAGUGGACCCCACCUCUUCGAUUGAUUUCCAUUAAGUAUAGAAGAAAAUUCGAUUUGGGUGGUUCUUGUUUUUUUAUUAAUUUUGAUUGGGCUACAAUCAAAAUUCUAUGUUUGGUUGAGGUUUUUGAAAGAGACAAGAAGAUCCAUCAGCUUUUAGAUUCCGAUCAUUUGAUUUGAAUUUUCAUUUGUUGAAUUGAGAGAGGCGUGUGGAGGAGGAUAUUUGCAGUUGGUGAUUUCACAUCCUAUGGUGUUUUUCAAGUCUUCAUCUGUAUUGAUGUGAAAGGAUUUCUGCAGCGAUCUUACUCCAACUAUGGAAUGCUGUUACGAGUCCGCGACUGCAGAUAGUGUUGCUGAUCCGUCUAGAAAGAUCAUCAAUCACUCUACUUAUCAGCCCAAGUUGUCGUCUUGGUUUGAUCUGAGGGUUUUCUAUGUGAGAGUCAGCAAUUUUGAGGUCGACCAAUCGACCCCAGAGUAUCUCACUCUCAAACAUAUCCCACUGAGCCCUGAUACUCUCCUUGAUGUGAACAGUGGGCGAAGUAGCAUUUACUCUGACAGUGUUUCCUCACUUCUACGAAGGGAUAGGGUCGAUAAGAAAGCUGAAGAAGUCACGUUUGUAAGCACAGAUAGUAUAAAGAUGACUGGGAGUGUGAAAUUUGAGGUAUAUGAUAGAGAUGAUCUGUUGCUCUCUGGAGUUCUAGAGAUGUGCAGUAACGGUUUCACCGGAGAAUCGAAGAACCAUAGCAAAAGGUGGAGCAUGAAUUUCCAGCCAUUGAAGACUUCGGGGGCAGGCUUCUUGAAGGCAAAACAAUACAUGAGUCCUGAAUUGCCUUUGCCAACAGUGGAUGUCUAUGUCGCCGGUAGUUUCUCCGGUACUCCUAUCAUCUUGACGAAGACAAUUCAGUUGAGUUUUCAGAAGAAACAUGUGAGGAAGGGAAUGUUGGAUUCAAUCCCAGAGUAUGAAACAACCGAAAGCAAGACCGACGUACCUUCUGACCUUGAUUUGCAGGCUUUUAGAUUUACAGUAUAAAGACAAGAACAGUUGGCCAUAUGAUGCUCCUCUCCAAACUGCUAAAGUCAGGUGAUACUGUUAUAGAGAUGGGACUGAACCUGAAAUGAUAAUAACUUUUGUAUCCUUCCAAAAAGAAGAAAAAAAAAGAUAAUAAAGUUUGUACAAUAACUUGCGCAGCCAAAUAAAUUAGUGACCAUUUAUCUAUACAUAUAUACAUUUAUUGUUAUUCGAUUUAAAAGCAUGUAAUGCACUAUAAAUUGAUAAAACGUAAAAUAGGAGAUUGUGCUAAGAGUACUUCAGGGAACUCCAUAAUAUCUAAGCCUGAGCUUUAUAAAAUGAUACCUUAGAAUGCAGCUAUACCAAUGUCUAACCUCCAUCAUAUUUUCAUGUUCUGCAAAAUUUAUAAAUCUUUUCAUUAGGUUUGUUUUCUUAUUUUCAUUCCUUCUUUUGGUAAGCUGGGAUGGAACACAUUACUUCAAUGUUGCAGCACUUGGGCCAUGACAACUAGGCACAGGGCUCAGCUCUCGAUUUGUCAUCGAUACUUUUCUUUAUGUGCUCAGUUCUGUUUAGUCCCAUUUUUGCUUUCUCCUACAUCGCAUGUCUACCAGAUUCAUGUUGCAGCAUCAGUAGUGUUUUUAUAUAUUUUAGAAAUUUGAGGAUAUUUGUACUUC